AUGGCGCUGUCCGCCGGGCUGCCGGGUGACCCGCGGGCGGUGACGUCCCUCUGGGGGUGGAGCAGGGGCGAGCGGCGUCUGGUAACGCUGCCAGCUCUGCCCCCUGGGGGUUCCGAGCGAACGGGGCUGCGGCACAACUCGGGAGACCGCGCAGGCCGUCUCCCAUCCCGCACUCCGCCGCCGCCGGUCCUCUCUCCCUGCCCGCCCGCCCCUCCCCACACCGUGUUCCCGGAGACUUGCGAGUUGUGCUCCGUGCAGCCUGGCCUGCAAGCCUCCGCGGCCCGGCCCUCCCCGCUCGCCCCACCGGCCGUGGCGUCCCUCCGAGCAGAGCGGCCGCCGCUCAGCAGCUCCGAGGCACCAUCGAUAGCUUCUCGACAGAACACGACAAGCAGACGAAAGAUGGAGCGGGGCGGGGGGGCUGCAGCCGCGGGAAGGAUGCGCAGCCUCCCCCCCCCCAGGCGUCGCGGCUCUGAGGUCACGGGGCGGCGGGUGAGGGCCCGGUACAAGCAGAGCCUGGACCCGACCGUGGACGAGGUGAAGAAGCUGUGCACGUCCCUGCGCCGCAACGCCAAGGAGGAGCGUGUCCUCUUCCACUACAACGGCCACGGCGUGCCCAGGCCCACCGUCAACGGCGAGAUCUGGGUCUUCAACAAGAACUACACGCAGUACAUCCCUCUGUCCAUCUACGACCUGCAGACGUGGAUGGGCAGCCCGUCGAUCUUCGUCUACGACUGCUCCAACGCCGGCUUGAUCGUCAAGUCCUUCAAGCAGUUUGCCCUGCAGCGGGAGCAGGAGCUGGAGGUCGCUGCCAUCAACCCAAACCACCCCCUGGCGCAGAUGCCGCUGCCCCCGUCCAUGAAGAACUGCAUCCAGCUGGCGGCCUGUGAGGCCAACGAGCUCCUGCCCAUGAUCCCCGACCUCCCGGCCGACCUGUUCACGUCCUGCCUCACCACCCCCAUCAAGAUCGCCCUGCGCUGGUAAGUGGCUGCCGCCGUGUCUCCCGCGG